GAAUUCUUUCUCACUACUUUCUCUCGAUUUCAUCCCAUAAACUGCAUCAUUUCUUCACAGAACAAAAUUUGAAAUUUUGAUCAUCUCUUCACAAAUCAGUAAUCUUCUCCAAAUGUCCUCAAAAUUUUCUUCUCAUUUCGAUUAUAUUACCCUCGUUUUUCUACUGAUCUUCGGCAAAGGUUCUUUAGGGGCUACGUUUACAUUGACGAAUCGAUGUGAUUAUACAGUAUGGCCCGGAAUAUUGGCAAAUGCUGGUAGUAGUAAAUUGGACAGUACCGGAUUCGAACUUCCGUCCGGCGGGACCCGGACGUUCCAAGCUCUGCCGGGCUGGUCGGGGAGGUUUUGGGGCAGAACCCAUUGCACAUUUGACCCGAACACCGGCCAAGGAAGUUGCGCUACCGGUGAUUGCGGCUCCAAUCAGGUGGAAUGCAAUGGAGCCGGCGCAGCGCCGCCGGCUACCUUAGCCGAAUUCACGAUAGGGUCGGGUACGAAUUCGGGUGCCCAGGAUUUCUACGAUGUUAGCCUUGUUGACGGAUACAACUUGCCAAUGAUAGUCCAGCCGAAAGGAGGGUCGGGCGCCUGCGGUUCAACCGGGUGCAUAACUGAUUUGAACCGGAUGUGCCCGAAUGAGUUGCGGGCCGGUGACGGGCAUGCAUGCAAGAGUGCAUGUGAAGCGUUUGGGAAUCCAGAAUACUGUUGCAGCGGCGCGUAUGGUUCACCCACUACCUGUCGGCCAUCAACUUAUUCUGAGAUUUUCAAAACUGCAUGUCCGAGAUCGUAUAGCUAUGCAUACGAUGAUGCUACGGGUACAUUUAUGUGUAGUGGGGCAAAUUAUGAAAUCACGUUCUGUCCCUCACGUACGAGUCUAAAAUCUUCAAGAGACCCUUCCUCGCCGGAAACCGCCACCGGAACAACCAUCGGCAGCAACCUCUCAUCAUGGCUGCCAAAUUUUGUCACAGGAGAUUCUUCAAGAACCAUGCCAAAUUUUGCCUUGCAUUUUACUCUUUUUGUAACCUUUUUCAUACUCCUUUUUCUUUACAUAUAAUUCACAAACACUUUACACUUCACAUUCACGUCAUAGUCACAUUGCUAGCAAGGCCAAUGUAAAUACAUAUUGUAAAGCACAAUUUUCCAAGACGUUUGUAUAGAAACCUAAAUUAUUUCAAAUUUUGUUUUGCUUUGCAAUGAA